UGUUGCGGUUGCUUUUGCUGCUCCAGCUGCGCUGCUGUCGCUGUCGCUGUCGUUGACGCUGUUACCGACAACAAUUAGCUAGCAAGUUGGCCAAAAAGCGGUCAGAGACCGACAGAAAUUUUCAGUUUAACCGCGAUUGCCAAUCGCUUAAGACGUUUUCAAAGAUUUCAAUUGCAUUUCGUGCGCUAUUUAUUUACAAGUAUUUUUAUUUUUUGAAAGUUCAUUUGUGCUGAAGUCGGUUUUAAGUACUCGUGCUUUUAUAUUUUUUAUACAGCUGUUGCCACUAUUUCCACUGGCUUUCAGGCUUUCAAGUUCACACGUUAAUAGUUAGAAUCAAGUCAAAUACAAAGUCCAAAGCAAUAAUAGUAGAUGCACUUGUAAUGAUAGUAAACAAGUAAUAUUUAAUUAAUUAAUUGUGUAUGUGUAACAAAUCGAAAUACAUUCAAAGUGUAGCAAAGAAGUUUUAGUGAUUUUUGUAUUUAAUAUUUUUAACAUUUUGCUUAAAUAAAAUUCGUAAGAUAUUUGAGCUCGACAAAUGAAUUUGGGCGGGGAUAAAUCGUUCAAAAUGAAAAUGCGUGAUGUGGAAAAUGCUUUCAAAUAUCGGAGAAUACCAUACCCAAAGAGAUCCGUUGAACUCAUCGCUAUUUUAGCAAUUUCCUGCACAUUUUUUCUUUUUAUGCAUACAAAUAAACUUAAUAGUCGCCUCAAAGAGAUGGAAAUCAAAUUGCAGCCGUCGGAGUUCUCAGCACUCGGCUUAACCGGUAACCAUAUUAAUUCAAGGGAGUCAUCAAGACGUGAUAAUAUUAACACACUUCAUGGCACCUAUCAAUACUUAAAAAGUACCGGCCAGAUGCAAUUGCUAAACGCACUGGAAUUGAAUAAUACGAGAAAAGCAGAGUUGGACUUAGUUUUCUUUAACCGAGUACCAAAAGUUGGUAGUCAAACAUUUAUGGAACUACUACGUCGUCUUUCGGAGCGCAAUAAUUUCCAAUUUCAUCGAGAUGCUGUACAAAAAGUCGAGACAAUUCGUUUGGCCGACGAUCAACAACAAGAACUGGCCGAGGUAAUAACUGACUUGCCGGAACCUUCGGUUUUCAUCAAGCAUGUUUGCUAUACAAACUUUACCAAAUACAAUUUACCCACACCGAUUUAUGUGAAUGUUGUAAGAGAUCCAAUUGAGCGUGUGAUAAGUUGGUUUUACUAUGUGCGAGCGCCUUGGUAUUUUGUUGAACGCAAAGCUGCUUUUCCCGACUUACCACUACCGCAUCCGGCAUGGCUGAAGAAAGAUUUCGAAACUUGUGUGCUAUCGGGCGAUCAGGAAUGCACUUAUACCCAGGGUGUGACGGUUGAGGGCAUCGGCGAUCAUCGCCGACAGAGUCUAUUCUUUUGUGGUCAUGCAUAUGAGUGCACACCUUUUAAUACGAUUGGCGCACUGGAGCGCGCAAAAUUCGCCGUUGAAAGCCAGUAUGCUGUUGUUGGCGUUUUAGAAGAUAUGAAUACUACCUUAUCGGUGUUUGAAAAAUAUAUACCACGAUUCUUUGAAGGAGUACGAGAGAUAUACCAAAGUAGCGCCGAGUACUUAACAAAGAUCAACAAGAAUAACUUCAAACCACCAGUGAGCGAAAAAGUGAAAGACAUUGUGAGACAUAAUUUUACGAACGAAAUCGAGUUCUACCAAUUCUGUCUUCAACGGCUACACAAACAAUUUCUCGCUACGCAUAUUCCACAGAAAAUUUUGGCGCCUUAAAAACACUUAAAUGGACGAGGAUGAUUUGUUGUUAUUGCAUUGUUGUACACUUUAUAUUGUGCAUAGCUGAAUGUCAGAUUUCCAGUGAGAUUUCGCAACGACAUAAAGAACAAAUUUUGAUCAAUUUACAUGGCUGGAUUUUAUGAAGUUUUGUGUGUUAAUUUUCAUUUAUUUGUUUAUUUAAAUUACCAGUAUUAUAGUAAAUUUAGUACUAAAUUUCGAAUUCAUUAUUUUUCAUGCAUACGUUACAUUAAAAAUAAAUCAUAAAUUUAUCCUAUUCAGAGGCAGUAUGUAAAGGUACUUAAAGCGUUUACUAUACAAGGUAUAAUCUUCCCCAAUUAACACAUAUGGACAUAUGUACAUAUGUGCUUUGUUAAAAAAAAUUGAUGCGAAAUUUCUAGUCACAACUCAUAUAUACAUACAUAUACAUGAAUGUAUACAUAGCUUUGAAAAAUACUCGUGCGUGGUUUAGUUGUCCGAUUAAAGCUAUUUUGAAAGCCUUAGACGAGAGAGUUUUUAUUCAAGUAAAAGUGGAAAGUUGUUUAUGUUACGUAGCAUAUGUAUGUGCAUUGUGAUUUUUAACUAAUUAAAAACAAUAUCUAAAUAUUGUAUAAAUAUAUGUACAUCUUUACAUAUGCGUAUCAACCGAUGCAAAUUUACGUGUCUGUGAACUUUUGACAACACCACUUAUUUUAUUUGGCUUCAGCAGUUUUUCUUUUAGGUCAAUAAAUUCUUCUCUUAAAUACGUUUUUUUUAAGAGCUCACAUAUGUAUAUGUAUGUAUGCUAUUAUCUCAAUAUGAGGUAUCAUUGGUGAAAAAAUAUCCAUACAUAUGUAUAUGCAUAUGAAUUUUGGAAAAGUCUAAAUAUGUUGCGCUAAAUUGUUUGUAUUAAAGAUAUGUAUGUACAUAUGCACAUACCUAAUUCUUUGUUUGUAUAUGCAGUAUGUAAAAUACCUGUUGGUAUUGGUAAAUGUUUUGAGUUCAGUUAUGUGCAAAUCAGUUGAACAUUAAAACAAAAGUUCUAUAAAUAUUAACAUAAUGAAUAUGAUUUCCAAAAAAAAAACAAAGGCAAAAUAUGUUAAAACAUAGACAUACAAAUACGUCGCAUACUCAUUUUAUAUUUUCACAAUUAUUUAUAUACACAUCCAGUUAACAUAUCGAUCAAUAAUUCUUUAAGCGAGGGCGGUAUCGGCAGACAUGGCACAUUUGUAAAUUUUUUUAUUGUAAUUCCUGCUUCUUUACGUUAAUAACCAAUUAAUUAAAUGCUGUUAUAUUAUUGUAUUUAAACAAAACAAAAAAAAUGCAU